UCCAAAAAAUCUCAAAACACAGGCAGACCUCUAUCGACUCUGGUUCAUCACUUUCACCAAAAAGCUCUCUACCAUGACAAACCACCAAGACGAUCUCGAUCUCCUUCUCUCUCUUCAAGAUAGGGUUUUGGAGACCCCUCCUGCUUCUCCCUCAGCUCUCCACCCCCAAUCACCAGGGUACCUUUCGGACGAUGGAUUGCCUAAGCGUGUGGGACAGGUCGACAUGUCUGUAUUUCGCAAUGCUGUCGAAGAUUGCCUCGAUUAUGAGCCUGAAAAUGCCAAGAAAUCUGUCAAAUCAAGCCAGUUGAAGAAGGCCAAUGAUCCUGAGGUUGAAAAGUUUUCGGGUUUGCGAAUUCGGAAUCAACUAAUCUCUCAUGUAGAACUGAGCAAUCACUUUUCUGACAUUCGAUUUGUUCGGUUACCAGCAAUAAAGAAUGUGCUAAAUGGGGAUACUCUGUCUGGUUGUUGGGCAACUGUUGGAGUUUUAGUUGAAAAAGGGAACCCAAAAGUUAGUACAACAGGGAAGAACUAUUGUAUAUGGAAACUUGGGUGUCUAGAUGAAAAGACUAUUUCUGUUUUCUUGUUCGGCGAUGCUUACCAGAAGUAUUCGAUAGAGGUGGCUGGAACUGUCUUUGCCCUGCUCAAUUGUGCCGUUCGCAAGGACAAUUUGGGGCCGGGGUUUUCCUUGAGUGUUUAUUCUGCUGGUCAAAUUUUAAAGAUUGGCACUUCUUUAGAUUAUGGAGUUUGCAAGGGGAAAAGGAAGGAUGGGAUGGCUUGUACACUAGUCAUUAAUAAACGUCGUGGAAUAUAUUGCUCGUACCAUAGAUCGAAAGCAUCUGAAAAGUACUCCAUUACGCGAACGGAACUCAAGGGAGGGAAUUUGAGAACAGCCUUCAGGAAUCCUUUUAAGCCAGAAGGAAUUUACAUGGUUGAUCCUCUAGCUGACAGAACAAAUUUAAGAAAACAAUUGCAGCCGGCGAAAUUGUUGUCUGUAGAAGAAUUGAAGAAGGCUUUAAGCAAUGCAGGCAAAGUAACAACGAAUGCCCACUCACAAGGAAUAAGAUUUCUCACUGAAGUUGCAGGUCAAUUCGGUCCAAAACCUAUAGAUAGAGCUCAUGCCUUGCCGAAAUUACAGAGCUCAGAGAAGAGGUUAUCAUCGACUGAGAGGUCGGAUACACAUGCAGUCAGAAGUCAACAAACAAAUGCAAAACGAAUUAAAAGGGUGCAGGGGCAACCUGCACCUGAGAAACCGAAGGAGGUUAGAGAAAAAAUGAUUGAAUUAGAAUGUUAUAGCUCGGAUGAAGAAAUGUGAGACUUCCUUAUUAACCCCCUUUAUGACUUGGUGUAAUUGAGCAUUCUACUUGUGGAAAGAACAUGACACAAGUUAUAAUUCUUGGUGGCAUUGCUCUUUGUUGAAGUUUCGAGAAAAAUAAAGAUCCAUCCAAUGGUUUUCUUCUUUUUUAUUUAUUUUUUAAUCAUUGGUUCACUAGGGCUUGUAUCCACCAUUGGACACUUAAUGCACCUAUGUAAGUGAAAAAGAUUGAGAAACUGUAUAGCAGUUUAGCUUGAGUAUUGAAGCUUACAAAUAUGUAAUGUUUUUAAACCACCUCCUUGUGGAGAAUUUUGGCUGCUUUUAAAAAAGAAAAAAGAAAAAAAAAGGUCUAAUAUGUUGAUCAAA